AUGGGGAAAAGACCAAAUGCUGCCAAGUGUCCACUACAAGCUCUGGUUUUCUGCGGGGGCCACUGGAAGGUGUACAAAUUGUUCACCAUAAGCCAAGGACACAAACCCUGCGCACGGCAUUGUGGGGCGAGAGCCGGAGGGGCUGCACUGCACCGAGCUUGCACAGGGCGAGGCGGGGGCAGGACCUGGGACCCAGCCACCCCGGAGGAAACCGGAGAGGAAGCCAGCUUGGUCUUGCUCUCUGCCUCGUCCCAAUCCCCGGCUCUUACCAAAUGCAGAAAGAGGGAGAGGGCGUGUGCCGCUGAGAAUCAGGAUAUUUCCAGGAGAAUUUCACUCCAAGAGGCUUUCUUGAAUCUCACUCCUAACACGUGGGCAGAUGAUUGUCUAAACCACCGAGGGAUGAUGCUGGAGGUUACAAACACCUUAAUCUCCAUCACCCUUCUUCCAAGAAUGUGUGACCACAACCCCUUCGCUCUUCCAAGCAACCUUUGCUCCAACUUAAUAUUCCGGUGCUUUCGGGAACAACAUUUUAAAAUAAACCAUUUUGGCACCUUGUCAAAGUCUUGUCUAAAUUCCUUCAUGACAACCUCUCUCAGUGAGAUUUUUAAAACCAAAGGGAGCUGGGGGCAGGGAAAAGAGGAGUUCCCCGUUUAG